UUGAAAUGGUACUAAUCUCUUUAUACAGAGAACAUUCAGUAGCCUUGAGAAAGAGCAUCCAAGAAGAGCAACUUGAAGAGUUUCACACAAGACAAGGAGUGCCUCCAGAGAAAAAGCUUAAAUUUAAAUAAGAGUGAUAUCUCUCAACACAAUUACUUUCAAGAAGCCAUGCAGCUCUUAGUUGUGGAGUUCAUGUUUUACUGAAAGAGCCAUCACUGUAUCGAAGAGGCCAAACCAUUUUGAGAAGACACAUGCAUCUCUCCAGAGGAAUGAAGGCAUGCUACUGAAGUGUCCAUAUCUAUACAGAGGAGUCCACCGUUAGAAUACUUCACUUCAGAGUCAAACAUCUCUACUCAGAAGACAACUAGGCCUGUUCACACUAAAACUACUCCUGACAUAACAAACUAUAGUUAACCUAAGUAGGAGUUGGCUCCCUGCAAAACACAAGACUAAUUAUAAAGAGACCUUCUUGAAAUUCAGCACCAGUUGCAUCCAUCAACCUGUUAUUCUUAUGGAAGCAUUCAGCUAAAACUGUAAAAUCCAAACCAAGGCAGAGACGCAUACAUCACAGAGAACAAAGUGGGUGACAAACAAAAAAAAAAUGCUGAAAUUUAUCAAGAAGAGGAAGCAUCAUCAACUAAGGUAGACUGCUUAUUUGUGUUAACAUCUCCUCCCCUGAAGGAAAUUGAACAGGUCUUUCAAGUAUUUAUAUAAUUUCUGCAAAAAAAGUAAAUCUACACCAAAGAGAAGCCUGACUCUACAUAUAUAAUAAUAGCAUCUCCAGAUUCUGGUCUUGAUCCGUGCAUUUGAUUGCCGUUCCUUUAGAAGAGGACAAACAUCUAUAAGGAAACCUGUACUGUUAACCAUAAAUCCCAUAGAACUGAAAUUUGAACAAUGUCUGCAGUGUCUUCCAACAAUUUUCUCCCUGGACCUGUCAACAACCCAGACCUUUCAAUGCAGACAUACAGAACAGCAGAGUCAUCACACAUGCAGGAUGAAUUAAGUAUUGAGGAUGGCACCCUUUACCGGGUAAAGAGUUGCAAUAGUGAAAAGUACAGGCUUCAAAGCAGUGACGGGAUCCAAGGAGAAACAUAUGGAGGUGCAGACACAAGUCGGUUUCACCCCUACCGUCGGCAGAAUAGUGCUGAGGAGUUCUCAGGUUUAAGAGGUGUCGACUCUCUGCAUCUGUCUCGAUGUCCACACUCUUUCAAAGCUGUUGAGGGCCCUGUACAGACUGCUCAGUGCAAGCCAGAUGUCCUGCCACAGAUCCUGGCUGAGUGGGCUGAAGCAGGAAACGUGGGUACACAAUGCAACAGACUAAUGACUGCUGAUCAAAGCUACUCCCCUGAUGUUCCAGAAGAAGCUAAAAUAAAACCACCAAGCUAUCGCUUACCAAUUCAUCAAGUCUGUAAUAUCGACCCACACCUAACAACGGUCUCACAAGGAUCAACUUUUCCAAUGGGACUUUCAGAUGGAUCUCAUUAUCCCUAUCAGCGGAUAGCACCACAAAGUUUGCCGGAGAGCCAGCAGUCGCUCUACCCAAAGCCCAUUUACUCUUACAGUAUUUUGAUCUUCAUGGCACUAAGGAACAGCAAAACAGGAAGCUUGCCAGUCAGUGAAAUUUACAACUUCAUGACAGAGCAUUUCCCAUAUUUCAAGACAGCCCCAGAUGGCUGGAAGAACUCUGUCCGCCACAACCUGUCACUGAACAAGUGUUUUGAGAAGGUGGAAAAUAAGAAUGGAAGUUCAUCCCGCAAAGGUUGUCUUUGGGCACUGAAUCCCACCAAGGUGGAAAAAAUGCAAGAAGAGCUGCAUAAAUGGAGGAGGAAAGACCCUAUCACUGUGCGCAAGAGCAUGGCAAGACCUGAAGAACUAGACCGGCUGCUUGGAGAAAAAUCAGAUAAAUACAAAGUCUCCUCUUCUGCCUAUACCAGCUCAGCACAUCUCUCCAAUACACAUUUGUUGGUCCAAGAUCAACCUGAAUACCAAAUUCAAUCUCCAUUUCCAUCAGCACACAUUUCCAGCCAGUCUAUCACAUAUUCAACGAACUCCAGAUCAGGGUCCAUCUCUUUCAGUCAAAGGCCACACUACAUACCACCUCCUCCUCCUCUGCAGGGUAUAGGAAGCAUUCAUACCAGCAGACAACAGAUUUCUUUGGGUCAAACUAUCCACGAGUCAUCUCAUCCAGGAUCCUUGGACUCUCCACUUCUCACCCCGACCUUUCCAGCUCAAUGUGUUCCAAUGCAGGCCGAAUACAAAGUAUGUGCAGGUCAAAGCUUGAAGGAACUCUUGCCAGAUGGAGAUCUUGGCAGCGACAUUGACACCCUGAAUCCCAGCCUCACUGACUUGGAAUUGCAGGAAAACCUAUGGGAGGAACUGAAAGAUGACAGCCUGAAUCUUGACCCACUGGUUAUUAUUUCAACGACUCCUUUUAUGUCUGCAGUCAGCCCGUCCUGUUUGGCCAGCUGUCCAGAAGAUAUUGGCUGCUCCAGUGCUGACCUAGUGACGCCAAACUUUGAGGAGAAGCCCAGCCUAUCUGACCUGCACAUUACUGGAAUCUACUCAACUACCUUCGCUAACCUUGACAGCAUCUCCAGUGGCUACCUCUCUACUUCUGGCAACACAACGAUACCUCUUUCUUGAAUACAGAUUGGAUAACACAUCAAGAUGUUAGCAUUUCAAAUAAUCAACUACAGAAUUUUGGGGACUACUAAGCACCCGUUGAUUCUCACAGAUACUAAUAUACUGAAAUACAAUAAUAGCUUGAAAUCAUGUCUUAAAGCAAUACAUUUCUAGGAGUGUUACUGUCAACCAAAGUCAUGGUGUUCAUCUGUCUUUAACUGGCCUUGAAAGCACAGUCAUUACAAACAAGAAUUCAAUGAGGAGUAGAAGCACAUUUGAUUAUCAUGACACAUUAAAAUUGCUGAUGCUUAAAUCUAACUCCCCGUCUACUAAUGACCAAACAGUAAGCAGCACAAACUAAAAAGCAUGUCACUACAAGGGCUCUGCCUGUCUUUAGAAAGACGCUAAGGUAAAUAUUCUCACCCAACUCCUUUUGAAUCCUGGUUAGGGCACUUUGAGUGGAAUUUGCAGAUUCAGACCCAUUUACGUGAGGCUUUCCUUAAGCACUCUUAUUGUGUCAAGAGCUCCUAAAAUGAUGUUUAUCUCUUAAAUUAGUUUGCUAAAGUAAACCAAAAUGGACUGUGCACAAUCAACAAGUACACAUAGUUACCUCAACAAACCUGACCAAGACAAAGAAGAGAUACCUUUUAAAAGGGUCAACUUCAAAUAUCAAAUAGUCUUGUGCAAAUGUUUAGACACGCCUGGCCAGAUUACAUGUUUUGUUGCUUUUCUAAAUAAAAAUAAGUUAGCACAACCAUUACAGGGAACAAACUUAAUGUAAACACAACAUACUUCUGCAAAUGUAAUGCACAAUUACUAAUUUAACUAAAUUUAACCGAUUGGGAAAAACCUGACAUGUGCAAAAUUACUGCUUAUUUACUAAAUGCAACAAACUGGAAAAGAAAAUGUGGCAUGCACAGAAGAUUGGGCCCCCUUUCACUCAGUUCUUAGUAACACCCUCUGUGUGGCAGAAAACACAGCUCAUAUGUAAUCUGACCAGAAGUCAUCCAACUUUUUCAUAAUUCUAAAUUUACCAAAAAAUUUGAUUAAAUGAAACUGUGACAAAUUAUACUUAAUGCAUGACAAUGAUAUUGAUUUUCCCAAAUCACCUUACCGGCUUCAACCCAAUGUCUCCAUCUUUCCUUCUUAUGAAUCCCUAACAUCAACCCACAACACUUCAGACUUGUCACCAGAUGAGCAUAAUGAUAUUUGACACAUUUUGGAGAUGCAUUUUGUCUCAUUCUGGAAUGGCACUCAUUCAUCUAGUUUUCAGUAUUUGACCUUUAAUGUUUCCAGGUAUCAGUGCUAUCUAUCCCUGCUGAGUCUUUUUGUCACUUAAUGUGACCAAAGCAUUUCAGGUUCAGCACAAACAUUAAAUCUCAUCUACACCUUGGAUUUAUUAAAGCACACACUGCAGAGUGCUGAUGGUACAAAUUUCACAACCAAAUACUGAUAAGACAAUCAUUUUAAGAAUGUAAUUGUUUGUUGUUAAUUCAUUUGAUUAGUUCAAUUAUAUUUUCUCAUCUAUCUUUACUUAGUAUUCUCCUUAUUUUGAGCACAA